AUGUUCUUUUGCAAAUCCAAUGAGAAAUCUUGCAAAGCACUAAAGGAGAUCCUGAGGAUGUAUGAGGAUGCAUCAGGGAAAAUGAUUAGUUGUCAAAAAUCAGCAAUUACUUUCUCAAAGAAGACAUCCCAAGAAACGAAAAGGAAAGCAAUGAGAAUCCUACAUAUCCACCAAGAAGGAGGCACAGGAAAAUAUUUGGGCUUACCUGAAGCAUUCGAAAGGAAAAAGAAAGACCUCUUCAGCUCUGUGGUGGACAAAAUCAGACAGCAAGCCAUAUCAUGGUCAUCAAAGUUGCUCUCUAGUGCAGGGAAACUCGUUCUUCUUAAAUCAGUCCUCUCCUCAAUGCCAACAUACUCCAUGUCAUGCUUCAAGCUUCCCAUAAGCCUCUGCAAAAGAAUCCAAUCAGUCCUAACCAGAUUUUGGUGGGAUGCAAAUCCAGAUAAAAAGAAGAUGUGUUGGAUAGCUUGGCACAAACUUACGCGUGGGAAAAGAGAGGGAGGCUUAGGAAUCCGAGACAUACAAGACUUCACUGACGCAAUGCUCGGUAAAUUAAGUUGGAGAAUCCUCACAAAACCCUCCUGCCUGCUAGCUCGAAUCCUCAAAGGAAAAUAUUUUCCGGACCAAAGCUUCCUAGAGUGCAAAACGAGCGAAGGAGGAUCACAUGGAUGGAAAGGAAUAGUGAUCGGACGCAACCUGUUAAAGGAAAAGAUUGGAAAAGUUAUAGGCAAUGGAGCUACGACAAAGAUUUGGGAAGACCCCUGGAUUUCCACAAAGGAACCUAAAAGUGGAGGAUCUAUUUCAUGCCAAGAGAGCUCAAAGAUCUAA